AUGGCUACUUCCUCCAAUUCACAAUCUCCAUUGCCAAUCCACCUAUGCUUCUUCCUUCUCAUACUCUUCAUUCUCGUCAGCUUCUCAUGGUACAUAAAAUAUGAGCCAAUUUUCGAAGGCUUCUUUGAUCAGAUCAAACUGGUCCUCAUGGUGUCACCGUUGCUGCUUCUGCUAGUUAUUCACUUGCUUUCAACCUUUGAGAGGUCUCCGUUCUUCUUGCCGUUUCCGGACAAGGACUCUCUUCAACGUGGGGGUGGGACUCCGUGGGGCGUUGGCUUGCUUCUUGUGGUUCUGCUAUUUAUGAUCUCUCACCAGUCUGAUAUCAGAGAACGGUGGUUUCCUCUUCUGAGCAGAUGGUGGGGCGAAUAUGGGAGUGGAUCUGGGCUUGGAGAUGGUGGAAGUAAUCCACCCACCUGCAAGUCUCUCCUCCUUUCGGCUUGCUAA